GUUAAAACAAUAGAAGCAGAAUAGAAGUAGGAAUAGAAGCAGAAUAGAGGCAGUAGAGUUUAGCCCUGUUCUUCGCGCUGGAGCUCGUAUAUACCCGGCUCAGGCUGGGCCCGGGAGUAGGGGGUGGGGGCUUAUCGGCGCCGUGAGCUCGGAGAUUGAAGUAAAGAAAGAGAGAAAAAUAUGAUUUAUUUACGUUAGCGGCUAGUGGCUAACGGUUAGCAGCUAACGGCUAACUAGCAGCUAACGGAGCUAACGGCUAUAACGGCUACAGGCGGAGGAUCAGCUGUUGGCAGCCGGAUCACACAUGAAGGCCAUUAGCAAGACAAAGGUCGCCUCCAUGGAGCCAGCAGAGUCUUUGUAGAAGGGCGAGGGGGGGUGAAAAACAGCCAGAUUCAGCAUUUUAUGGACGAAACCUGAGCCUGGGAGUUUACUACAAGGUCUUUAUUGAUGAUGGCGGAUUUUGUUACACCGCGACACAGCGCGGUGAUGGAGAGGCUCCGCCGGAGGAUCGAGCUCUUCAGGCAGCAUCACAACAGCUGUGAGACCCGCUACGAGGGAGCCACGCUGGAGAGGCUGGAGCUGGAGAGGCAGCAGACCUUCACCCUGCACCAACGCUGCCUGCAGGCCAAAGCCAAGAGGUCCAACAAGCACCGGCAGCCCCAGCAGCCCAGCAGUGACCAGACCGGACAGAGAGGAGGAGGAGGAGGAGGCGCAGGAGGAGGAGGAGGAGGAGGCGCAGGAGGAGGAGGCGCAGGAGGAGGAGGAGGCAGCACGGACCUGGGAGACAGCGGAGGGACAGCAGCGGAGCAGAGCCGGAACAGCACACUGAUAGCGCUGCAGGAGACGGUGAAGAGGAAGUUGGAGAGCGCCAGUUCUCCGCUGGGCAGAGAUCAGGUGAACGGUUACGGCGACGGUUUCCCCCCCAACAAGAAGGCGUGUCUGGACAACGGCAACGGCUCCCCGCUCGACUCCAAGCUCGGCAUCACCGACUCGCUCAUCUCCAACGGGACGCACCCGCCGGCCGACUCCUCCGACGGCGGCGAGCCCGAGUUCCACCGCAAGGAGAUGAAGCAGGAGCCGGACGACAUCCUGCCCAUCAUGCCUCCGUCGGGGGGGGGCAACAACAACAGCCUGUUCCCCGACCUCAACCUGAACGAGCAGGAGUGGAGGGAGCUGAUGGAGGAGCUCAACUGCUCCGUGGCCUACGAGGACAUCCAGGACAUCCUCAACGACGGCUUCGAGGACCGCAAGGACCCGCUGGAGCUGGCCCCGACUCCUGGUGGGGCCGGAGCCGUGGGAGGAGGAGCGGCGGGUGGGGGGGGGCAGUCCUCCCAGGGCCUCCUUCCUAUGGAGUUGAGUAACGUGAAGACGGAGUACUCCCCCGCCUCCUUCGAGCAGGUGCAGGACUCUCGCACCGGCUCCCCCCACGUCAGGUCCACGUCCUCCGGGCCUCCUCCUCACCCCACCAGCUCCCCCGUCGCCUCCUCCUCCGCCUCCUCCCCGGCUAUGGCUCCGUCCCAGCCGGCUCCUCCGCCCAGGCAGCUCCAACCACCCCCCAACCACCUCCUCCCGCCGGGCCCCCCGGUGCCCAAAGACCUGUCCCCCGCCCAGCAGCUCCAGCAGCUGGCGGCCCAGCAGCAGAGAGCGCAGCACCUCCACAGCCAGCUGCAGCACAAACAGCCGCAACCGGGGGCCAAGUUCCACCCGCAGGGGCCUCACGCCCACCCCCAGGCGUGGUCCCAGAUGGCCAACCCCUCACAGAGCCCACUAGGGGGCCCGUUUGGCAUGGACAAACCCACGAGCCCCUCCCUGUACCCGCAGGACUUCAACCCCAACGCCCAGAAGCAGCUGCUGAUGUCCGGUCAGGCCAAUAAAAGCUCUCCCAAAGCGGGGGCCGGCGGCUACAUGCCGGGGCCCGCCGGACACCCCAACAUGCUGGGCCACCCGGCCCCGGGGCCGCCGCUCGGCCACCCGCCGGCCCCGGGGGCCCAGGCCUCCGCCGCCAUGCUGAACUACAACAACACCAAACCUCUGUCGCACUUUGAGGCGGGGCCCGGCCCCCGAGGACCCCCCAACACUCAGAGCCAGAACAAGGCGGCUCUGCUGUCGCUGCUCAGACAGCAACAGAUGAAACAGAAGACUAACAUGAACUUCACCCGCCAGCAUUUACCACACACACAGGACCAGAACAGCUACCCUGCUCCUCCACACGGUCCCGGUCCCGCUAACACCAUGACGUCGGCUCCCGGUAACAACACCAUGACAGCCCAGCCCGGGGCCAACGCCAUGGCCGGUAACCAUGGUAACGCAGCGUACCUGAACAGCCAGGCGGCGGUGGCAGCAGCACUGAAACAGCAGCAGCAACAACAACAGCAUCAGCAGCAGAUCCUGGAGCAGCAGAAGCAGCAGCAGCAGCAGUACAUGCAGAGGCAGCAGAUCAUGGUUGAACAGGAGAAGCAGCGGCAGCAGGACCAGCAGCUGCAGAGACACCUGACCCGCCCCCCCCCUCAGUACCAGGACCAGCCGGGACAGCCGGCCAAUCAGAACCCUUUCCCCCAGCAGCCAGUCAACCAGUUUACAGCUUCCUCUCAGCCAAUGGGCAGCGUCGGCUCGAUGGGAGGUCCCGCCUCCGGCUCCCAGCGCAUGUUUCCUCAGAACCAAGGCAUGCUGGGAAUGGCGCUGGCUCAGGGGGGGGGCCCGGCAGGCGUAGCCCCGCCCCCGACAGGAAGUCAGGCUGACCUCAGUCUGGCGUCCUGCGGCGGGGGGGCCGGGGGGGGCGUGGACGUACAGCAGGUGCUUUACAACAACAUGAACCUUCACCCCUCCCACCAGACCCACGCACCCCCCCACUCCCACCAGACCCACGCACCCCCCCCAUCCCACCAGACCCACGCGCCUCCCCCCUCCCACCAGACCCACGCACCCCCCUCCUCCCACCAGGCCCACGCGCCCCCCCAGCCGGGCCUGCAGCGGCAGAACCUGGGCGCCAUGUCUGCCUCCUACAGGCAGAACCUGCUGCAGCAGCACCUGAAGCAGCCGCCCAACGCCGCAAUGCUGAAGCAGCAGCUGGCCGCCCGCAUGCCGGGCGCCAUGCAGAACAGUCUGGGGGGGAACCUUCCCGGGUCCAUGCCGGGCGCCAUGCAGGGGGGGGGUCAGAGCGCCGCCUGGCAGCAGCAGCUGUCUAACCAGCCUUCCUCCGCUAACGCCUUCCCCUCCAACGCCAACGCCUUCCACCUGCAGCAGGCGCGACUCUCCAAAAUGCAGCCGGCCGGCUUCGGGGCGGGGGGGCGGCCGAUGGGAGGCAUGACCCCCGCCCAGCAGAUGAUGCAGACUAACAUGGCCGCCGCCCAGCAGAGGGCGCCGCCCGCCCCUCAGAGCCUCGGCCAACCCAUGGCCAAUCAGCAACAGGCUCAGCAGCAGCAGGCCAAUCAGAGCCAGGCCGUGCUACCCGACCUGGCGGCGUUCGGACAGCCGCCCGGCAACGGUCGCCAGGGACUGCAGUGUAACCAAGGUUACCAGGUGAGCAGGACAGCCAAUCAGCAGCAGCAGCAGGUGUCGUUCGGGUACAACGUGGCGGCGGGAAGUUUUGCCCCCGAGAGCGAGCUGGUCGACUCGCUGCUGAAAGGUCAGAGCCAGGAAUGGAUCGCCGACCUGGACGAGCUGCUCGCAUCACACCACUGACCUGCUGACCCCGGGUCACCUGACCUGACCUGCUGACCCCGGGUCACCUGA